AUGCGUGACGUUGCUGUAAUUCUAAUGGAAGCGAGAACAGGUAGAGAAAAACAAAGAUAUACCGAAGGAAAGACACGGCAGGUUGCGGGAUGUGUGCCAGUAAACAAGCAAACAAGACAAGUCUUACUAGUAACUCAACGAAAGAAGAGUGGUUGGGUGUUGCCAAAGGGUGGUUGGGAAAAUGACGAAUCGCAACAAGAAGCAGCGGUGAGAGAGACUUAUGAAGAAGGUACGGUACAACCUCCGUCACUGAGGGGGGACAUAGUCCCGAUUACUCUAUCGAAAUACUCGUUCAAUUUGUCAUCCUUCUUAUCGUCUUUCGUUUUUCUUUUCCGUCCGUCAUUAUUGGCAGCCGGGGCAAAAGGAAGAGUAACACAUUUCCUAGGACAAUGGGAUUCCCUCACAAUAAACAACGCCACCGGUUGUCCAAAAAAGAUGUUUCUCUUUUUCGAAAUGGAGGUUGAUUCUGUAGAAGACAAGUGGCCUGAAAUGCAAGAGAGAAACAGAGCAUGGUUCGCUUACGAAGAGGCAGUAAAGAUGAUUGGAGAGCCGUACAUGCGAGACGUAUUGAAACAAUGUUCGCUUGCGCCGCCGUCGAACCAGAACACUACCGCAUCUAUAGGAUCAACCAACGCGAUACCGUUCACUCAAUCACCACCCUUCCCGCGAGCAUUCUCAACCUCGUUGUCUCGUGCCUCUCCCGCAUUAUCAUCAUCACUCUAUCAUUAUCCACAAACGAGAUUCUCAAAAUGCGUAUCGGUUAUCGCUCGUACUGCUCCAUCCACAACCUCCUCCUCCUCCACCACCCCUACCACGUCCACUCGAUCACUCUACACGCUUAGACCUCCACCACCACCAUCACGAUCACGCCUUCCGCCAUAUUCAGGAUACGAACGAUUUUCAUCAGCCGUUCCGAUAUACCGCAAACGCAUCUUUUGGAUGUACGUUGGCGUGUUUGGCGGAUUUUUCGGGUACUACUACGUAUCUCACCUCGAGGAUGUUCCCAUAACCGGGAGAAGACGGUUCAUGAGCGUGUCGUCCAAACAGGAAGAAUACAUGGCUCAGCAGGCGUAUAAAGAGGUCAUGCACAAAUUCGGGCAUAGGAUAUUACCGGCGUGGCAUCCUGAUUCAAAAAUUGUCAAGAAAGUGGCUGAAAAGAUUAUAAAAGUUUCGCCGAUUCAACAUCUUAACUGGCAAUUUCAUGUGAUUGCUUCAGAUGAAAAGAAUGCGUUUGUUCUUCCAGGUGGCAAGGUGUUUGUGUUUACUGGUAUAUUACCGGUCACUCAGAAUGAAGAUGGAUUAGCUACUGUACUUGGACAUGAGAUUGCUCAUCAGGUUGCUAGACACAAUGCUGAAAAACUCUCAUAUGCUUUUGUUGGAAAUUGGAAUUCUAUGGAAGUGGAAGCCGACGAAAUUGGUCUUUAUCUAAUGGCUCAGGCAUGUUAUGAUCCUGCGGAAGCAACGCGUCUUUGGGAAAGGAUGGAUCGUUUACAACGGCAGUCUCCUCCACAAUUCCUCAGCACUCAUCCCUCACACAAAACGAGGCAGAAAAAGAUACGAGAAUGGUUGCCCAAGGCUCAUCAAUUGCAAGAACAAAGUGAUUGUCAGCAUGAAAUAGAUGAAUUCGCUUAUGCGAUUAAACAACUAAGACCACAAUGGGUAUCAUGGUAA